AACAAGAACAUAAUCGGCCGGUCAACCCCGACUAGCGCCCCAGCGGUCCGCUUAUCCUACCCCGCACAACAGAUUCCCAGGGGGCCACUCCGGUCAGCCCCUCCAAUGUCGCCUUCGCCGCAGUUCGAGAGAAAGGACCGCUACCAGCACCUGUUCCCUGCUACCACGGGACAGACUCGGUCUCCCGCAGGCGCGCUUUCCCCACAAAGCGGAGUCCCCCUGGGUGGAGGCUUCGCCCUGCCAGCCUACGGCGAGCAAGGACACCCCAUCGUCGAGCAGUUCGAGACGACCUUAGACGAAACCAAGACGUUGUUUUUCGAGAGGCGGGUAUCCAUUUUUCAAAUCUGGCAGCUGUUCGUCAUGUGGCUGGCACUUACUGGCACUCUGGUCUUCAUCGCCAGCCUUGUAGGCUUUCGACACGUUCUGAUGCGUCAAUCACAAAGUACAACUUUGCCACCAAAACACAUACACGUUUUCAGACCACCUGACCUGCCUAAGCCGGGCGAGGUGAACGGAACGUGUGACGCUGUGACCCCGUGCGGUGGUGCGGCCGAGUGCGUGGAUGGCUGGUGCAGCUGCAACCCGCCUCGGUUACAAGUGGUCGGAGGCGUCUGCGUUAACUCAACGGAAUCGACGACGUCUGCUGACUUCACGGACGUCUACUCACGGUCAAGCAUCCUGGAGGGAUAAGCCAUGCCAAAGAAGCAGUCACUCCCUUGACAAGGCGUGUGAAUCCAGUCCAGACAUGUUGAUGUGAACAUUUAUGACCCCUGUUUUGCUAAUGGGAAAAUCAUUCACCAACCUGUAGCAUCGACUUUCAUCGGCGUUUCGCCGUUUGCUCAAGGCUACUGGCGAUUGACUUUGCUGAAGCCUCGAUUCAAUAAUAAAAAUUGCCGACUG